UUAAAGCCAUUUUUUCUUCUCCCACGCAUUAUUUUAACUUUUUUAAUUCCGUUAAUUGUUGUUUUGAGUUGUAAUUUUGCAAUUAUUAUGAAAAUGAGAAAAUUAAAUAUUUCUCGGGUUAAUGAAGCAAAACCCACCAAAAGAGAAAAUGGAAACAAAAUUUUAUUUAUUUUAAUUCCCUUCUUCUAUGUUCUACUAAAUUUACCUUAUAAUUUAAAUUUGGCCUUAAUUAAUUUUUGGAAUGAAAAUUUUGGUUCUUUAACUAUUAAUUUAAUUGUUUUGUGGAUAUUUUUCUUAAAUUAUGCUAUUGACUUUGUUAUUUAUCCGUUGGCUAGUUUACAUUUCCGCAAUUCUUUCUAUCGAAUUUGGAUUCAGCCGAUAUUAUCUAAAAAACCUUCAAGAAUUGUCUCGGCCAUUUCUGAGGAAUCUGUGAAUACAAAAAUAUGA